GAUGACACAGAAGGAGGCAGUGUGUCGGAAACUGAGGGGAUCUCAGUCCACACCCGGGGCAGCUCCACACAGACCGGAGUCUCCUCCUGCUCAUCUAUCUGUCUACUGGAGUUGGCAUUGAGGGGGUCCUGCUCUCACAAGCCCGUGUGUGUGUGUGUGUGUGUGUCGCCCAACCCCGCUGCUGGAAGCUGCUGAAGCCGGGACACUGAGUGCCAGGAAUCUCCACCGUCUGGCGGGGAAACCAAGCGGCUACUCAUCUGGUUGCCCCGUGCCAGCUGGACCCAUCGCUAGGAUUUGAUGGGCACUCGGAACCUCUGAUGAAGGAUGGCACAACCUGCACGGAUGAACCUGAGUAUUCCGGAUCUGGGCAGCCGUGCGUUGUGCAACGAGGUGGAUGACAGCGAGAAGAGCCCGUACGCCGUUGAAACGCCCUACGGUUUUCAGUUGGACUUGGAUUUCCUCAAGUACGUGGAUGACAUUCAGAGCGGGAACACGCUGAAGAAAGUGAACGUCCACCGCAGGCGCCGGGCCAGGCCGUCGGUCAGCACCAGCGGCUGGACAUCCACGGAAUCACUGACCUCCUCCACUGGCCUUGAGGACAACAAGGCUUUGCCCACCACGCCGAAGCUCAGGACCCACACGGCCGCUUAUGAGAUCAAGGACCCGACGUGGAGCCAUCCGUCUUACCCCACCUCGCCCCCGCCGGCCAACAGCCUCCUCCCACCGCCUUCUCCAAGGUCUUCGCUGAGGAACAUUCGGGUGGAAAAGACUCUACUGGAGACCAGCCGCAGGCUUCAACAGGAGCAGUUGACUUCAGAAGAUGGGGUGGGGUUGGCCGGCAGUGGGUCUAAGGUGGUCGCAGGUCCAUUCGGUCAGAGCCAGGUCUCUCCUUGUCCUCAACAUGACCCUUGUGUGGGGAAUGGUGAGCUCAACUCGGUGUCCAAUCCUCCCUUCGGUGGCUUUUUCCGCUUCAGCCCGGUCAACUCCGGGAGGAGCUCGCCGGCCGUGGGCAUCACUCCCGGACACCUCCAACACAUCCGAGAGCAGAUGGCGACCGGGCUGAGGAGGCUGAAGGAACUGGAAGAGCAGGUGAAGGAGAUCCCGUCCCUGGAGAGGAGGCUGCAGGCCGUGAGCGAGGAGAAGAGGCAGCUGGUGGCGGAGCUGAAGAAGAGCAAGGCGCGCAGUCCCGGCGAAGACCUGCUCCUCCUCAGGCAGCGAUCCUACAGCGCGGGGAACGUGGGCAUCUACCAGCCCGAGGCCCAGAAGAUGGUGAUGGACCUCCGGCUCGACUUGGCCGCCCAACACCAGGAGAAGAGGACCAGCAAGAUCCAGGAGCUCCGGAGACUGACAGAGAAACUGAGUCAGGGCGACAGGGGCAGAACCUCCUCCAAGGUGGGUUCCCCAACCUCCCCCAGCAAGGAGCCGCCCUUCAGGUCGGUGGGGGUGGGGGAAGAUGUGGACAUGGGCCAGGUGGUCUUCUACUACAAGUGGGACAGGCCGACUAGAGAGGCAGCGGUGGGGACGGAGGUGGAGGUGACACACGUGGGCGUUGGGGUGGUGGAGACCAUGCUGGGCUUGACCAGCGAGGCUCAGGAGGAGAUCGAGUUCCUGCAGGAGAUCAUCGAGGGGCAGAAGGCCAACAUGGUGGCGAUCGAAGGGGAGCUGGAGGAGGCGCACCACCAACUCAACACGUUGAAGCUGAGGCCGCUGCCGCCCGGCGCUUGCAAGCAGACGGCGGAUGCCAGCGUGAUGGCCCAGCCUCGAACCGUCAACGCCAGCACCGAGACCACGGUCCAGCUGGUCAGCCGGGCGGUUGGCGACCACCGGGAGAUCUCGGACGCCUCCGUCGGACCAGAUCCUCGUCCAGUUCCAUCCCUCGCCGACAAUCUCCCCGCACACGGUCAGUGUCUCAGGGGGUUGGGACCAGAGGUGGCCAGAGACAUUCAUCCAGCCCUUCCCACCGAACAAACGGAGACUACCGUUGGACAACCGGUGGCGACUGUCGGCGAGGGGACAGCAGCCGAGCGCAGUCCGGGCGCGGAGACGAGAGAGACUCGCCGCGCCGCCUUUCUGGACGGGGUGACCAGAGUGAACCUGUCCAAAGACACGGUCCAGGAGAGGCGAGUGGCGGUGAAACUCUGCAGCGCCUCGUUGCAGGUGGUGUGUCAGAGAAAGGCCAGCGCGGAGGGAGGUGACGACAAGCCCCCCGGACCACCUCACACAGUCGGCCCCACCAAAGGGGUCCUGAAGUCGAUCAUGAAGAAGAAGGAUUCGUCGAGCAACUCCGAGCCGAGUGCCGGCAAAAAGAACCUACAAUUUGUCGGUUUUUUGAAUGGAGAAUAUGAAACGAGCUCCAGCGAGGAGUCGAGUGGCGAAGAGAGCUCCAGGGACAAGGUGAUUGCGGACAGUUCGGACAGCGAAGUGGGCAACUGCAGCGACAGCUCGGACGAGGACGGCGUGGCGAACCUGAACGACAGCGACAGCGACCAGCGUGAAGGUGCUGAGGAGCGCAGGGGUGAAGCUGGGAUGGAGAUGCCUGAGCUGGGCGGACAGAGGGAAGACAAGGCAAUCUGUGAAGAGGAAGUCAAAGAGAAAUUUGAGUUGAGUUCAAAGAUGCGUGAAGUCUGUCUGAUCCUGAAAAACCAUUUCAAUGAUCCGAGCCCCGUGAAGAGCAAGGAAGUGAUGUCCAGCCUGAACGCCAUCCAACAGGAGUGGUUCCGAGUCUCCAGCCAGAAGUCGGCCUCGGUCCAGGUCGUUGCCGACUACCUGAUGGGCUUUGCCGAGAUGUCGCCCGCCAUCCUGACACACGUGGUCAACCUGUCUGAUGCCAAUGGCAACACCGCCCUUCACUACUGUGUCUCCCACUCCAACUUCCACAUCGUCAGGCUGCUCCUGGACACAGGUGUGUGUAACGUCGACUGGCAGAACAAGGCGGGUUACACGGCCAUCAUGCUGGCUGCACUGUCCGCCCUGGACACCGAGGCCCAGAUGACCAUCGUGAGGCAGAUGUUCAGUUUGGGAAACGUUAAUGCCAAGGCCAGCCAGGCAGGCCAGACGGCCCUAAUGUUGGCCGUAAGCCACGGGCGCAUUGAAAUGGUGCGAGCGUUGCUGACGUGUGGAGCGAACGUGAACAGCCAGGACAAUGAGGGCUCCACCUCGCUGAUGUGCGCCUGCGAGCACGGGCGGGCGGAGAUCGUGAAAGUGCUCCUGGGUCAGCCAGAGUGUAACGUCUCCCUGACCGAUAACGAUGGCAGUAAUGCAAUAACCAUCGCGUUAGAAGCCGAUAACAAAGAUAUUGCCGCAAUGCUCACUGCACGCAAGAACCUGGAGUCGACAUCGCAGGUUGUGCCAUAGACGGGUUCCAGUUACAGGAGCUACCCACCGUACAAAGAUCGGGGGAUAGUAUCAUCAUUCUUGUCCAACAGUAUUUUGUCCAUACAGUUCUUUUAUAUGGUUGAUUCUCUUGAUAUGUUGAUUAAAGCAACAUUCAUCAUUGUGAUAUUGCUAGCAUCUAAGAAAUACCUUUCAUUGUAUGCAAAGCAAAAAUUGCAUUUUACAUUAAAGAUUGAAACUUUU